UUGUGGAACUCUGAAGCCGGAAGUCGCCGUGAAUCGUAAAGUUCUGGGGGAAGCUGCUUGGUCAACUCUUGUACAAAACUUUGGUCAGACUUAUUUAACUGCUGUUUCUACAAGCUGAAUCUGUAGUCUCCUGAAGAAUCCUGUUCGUACGGAUUACGUGGCUUCCAGUAGAGUGUAAAGUGGCGUUUAAAGUGCCCCUCAUGGCAUUAUUUUGGGCGAGAGAGCAGUAAUUAGCAGAGCCCUGUUGAUCAGAUCAGCCAGAGGUCGCAGAACUGCAGUGUAAGCGGUGGUCUCUCAGGACUGUAAGAUGACGGAGUAUAAGUUGGUUGUUGUGGGAGCAGGUGGUGUUGGGAAGAGUGCUUUAACCAUCCAGCUCAUUCAAAAUCACUUUGUGGAUGAAUAUGACCCUACUAUUGAGGACUCUUACAGGAAGCAGGUGGUGAUUGACGGUGAGACGUGUCUGUUGGACAUCCUGGACACUGCAGGUCAGGAAGAGUACAGCGCAAUGAGGGACCAGUACAUGAGGACAGGAGAGGGUUUCCUCUGUGUCUUUGCCAUAAACAACCUCAAAUCCUUCGCCGAUGUGCAUUUGUACAGAGAACAGAUCAAGCGCGUGAAGGACUCGGAUGAUGUUCCCAUGGUCCUAGUGGGGAACAAGUGCGAUUUGGCCAGAACGGUGGACACCAAGCAAGCUCAGGAACUUGCCAGAAGCUACGGCAUUGAGUUUGUAGAAACUUCAGCCAAGACCAGACAGGGAGUUGAGGAUGCUUUUUACACCCUCGUCCGUGAGAUCCGACAUUAUCGCAUGAAAAAGCUCAACAGCAGAGAAGACAGGAAGCAGGGCUGUCUGGGCGUGUCCUGUGAAGUCAUGUGACUGCACUGUCCCCCUUUGUUUUUUGUUUUAUUAGCAGUUUGUUGGCCAGGCAGCUGGACGCCUCGUGACUGCGUGUGUGCAGAGUUCGCCCCCUGCUGGCUGAAAGGGAUUCAUGCACAACUGGUCAUCUUUCCUGUUGGCCUGCUGUAAUAGAAAAAUGAGGCCAUUGGACAUUUACGUGUUUCAACAGAGGCUCGUUUGUCUCAUUUAGUACUUGGGUUUUCCCUGUUCAUUGGGAAGAAAAAUGUAAACGGGCAUUGAGUUCUUCUUUCUUGACUUCUGAUCUGUUAUGAACACAACAGCACAUUGGCGUUGAUGAGAAUAAAUUCUAAAUUGCAAAAGGGUGCAUCUCAUAAAAACAUGCCCACGUUUCACCACAAAAUUGAAAGAAUUAAGAAAUUAUGUUUUGAAGCUUUUUUAACGUUUUAACAUUUUUAUGGACAUCCCUCCCUGAAAUUCUCAUCUUAAUGCAUCCAAAUGUUUUAUUUGUAAUUCCUGUUAUUCUCAUUGGUGAUACCCAUUGUUGUGAUGCAGUACAUUUUACUGUAAUAUGAUGCUUUCUUUUAAUAGGCCUAAAUAUACUAUGACGCAUAAAUAGUUUUUUCUGAGAAUUAGGGGGAGAUGUGCUUAGUUGUCAACAAAUAUGUGACAAAAAUGCAAAAACUCGUAAUAGUCCUAUAAAUAGUUUUAAUAUUGUUUACCCAAAAUGUAAUUUUGUAUUCGUUCUUUUGAUUUUUAUGGUGAAACCUGGACCUGUUCUUAGCAGUUUUUUUUUUUUUUUUUUUUUGAGAUUCACCCAAGUAUGUUUUAAUUACAAGAAGUUCAUAGACAAGAGAAUGAAUUGGGUUUUUAAAUGGUAUUUAAAUUGGGAUUAAGGUAAUAUAAAACUAUCCCCAUUUAUCUUCAAAUAAAAGUUGUGUUUAGUUCUUUUUUAAACGUUUCAAAAAUCUUUGACCUGAGAAGAGAGAACAUGAAAUGCCCGCAGGUUCAAUGCUCAGGAAUACUGUGAAUGCAGAAGAUCUUCAGAAAUGUAUGGGAAUAUUUCUAUUUCUUUCGUUCCCUUUUAUCUUUCUUUUCCUCAUUUUUAUUUUUUGUUGUAGCCAAAGAGUUUUAGCAUUUACGUUUACCAUUUUGUCUUAUAUACUGUAGUUCAAUUCAGUCUAGAGUUUCUUUUAUCCUCUUUGGUCUCAGAUGUUAAUUGUAUAUUUUGACAUAUAAUACAUAAUGAUUAGAAUGAUUUGGUUUGGAUACAGAAAAGCCAAUCAGAUUUCAAGCAUGGGAUGUGAUGGAUCUUACUUAAAGGGCCUUUUGAAUCAUGGUGCUGCUGGUGUACAUGCCAAAUCUGUGUGCCACCUUCUGCCUCCUGUAUAGCAUGACAUCUUUUAGCCCAUGUUAAAUAAUGUCUUAAAUCUUCAAAUGAAAGCUGUAAAAAUGCAUCUAGUUGGGAUUUUAACAGACCACAAUAAGGUUUGCCGCGAUGUUUAUUUUCAAGUCUCUUCUUGAAAGCCACUAAAGGUUUAUCAAGAAGUUAAAACUAUUAUUGGUGUUGACCGUCAUGUUAUUUAUAAGGCAUUUAUAUGAACCUGUGCCUGAUUUCAUUAACAGUGAAAUCUGAAAACAUGUUCCCAUUAAUCGUACUGUGUUUGCGUUUGGCCUUCUGUCUUUGCUUUAACAGAGGCAGGAUGUUUUCUAUAAAAUACAAACUAAGGUUGCCAUUACAUUAACAAUCCUUUCUUUUUCAGCUAUAUGAAAACUUGAUUUAUGAUGUAUUUUGCAGUUUUAGCACAAUUUAUUAGUAUCUCAGACUUUCUUUAAUCAGAAAAUUAUGUGAAAAACAUUUCAUGUCUUUUUGGGGGGGAAAUAUUAAUGUGUAUUGGAUGUUUAAUGUGCCUAUCAUAUUACAAGUUUUACCAGUAAAUUAAUUGAAAACUAA